GUGUCAUACCCAGAGGACAGGGAGGUCCAAUCCUUUCCUUAGUCCUUGGGUUUUCCCUCUUUUUUACUCUUGAAUAACCUUAUCUGUUUCAAAAAGGAAUUUGUUCAAAUACAUUUACAUACAGGCAAAUAUGAACAUAACUUUAACUCCCACAGAGAGUACACGUCAAACUUCUCUUUACAUCCUGCUUCCAUCGGCAGCACAGAGCUUUUGCACAAUGCGUAACCUUACACUUUGUAAAUGAACAUGCAUGCAGAGUAAUCUUGUCAACUUUAUUUGUGCUUAUAAUACACAGAUAGGCAAUACUAAUAUGUGCAUCGUGACAAUGAUUUAGGUUUUUCUUGGAAACAUUUUCAUUCAACUUGAUUUGCCUUCUCCCAUUUGCUUCCGUGCACAAUGUAAAUGGAGAUUUGAAGCUUGAACGUGACAAACAAACUGAGUUUGACGAAGUGCGGAUGAAUGCACGAGCCUGCCCUUCACACGACACGGUUACAGAUUAAUGCACCUUUCACCAAUAAUUUACUCCUUUGCACACGACUGAAACAUUUUGGUUUCUCAUAUACAGACACACACACACACACACACUUGUGUAGGCGACCACGCAGCAGUUUCUCAUGAACAGUCCACCAAUCAGUUCUGCUCCACACAACUGGGUCAGAGGAAUCCAGUGGUGGUAAUGCAGCUCAGCUUUUCUCAGCUGUUCUAUUUUCUCGUAACACACACAUGAAGUAACAACCAGUCAUCUGACUCCGGACAAUGCUUUGUGUGUGUCCUGUGUGUGUGUGUGUGUGUGUGUGUGUGGGUGUGGGUGUGUUUGUGUUGGCCUUAUGUAACCCUUAGUUAACACAACAUUUUCCUAUUCCCAAGGCCUGGAUGAUAAAUCGUGUGCGCAGAUUCACUCAUUUUGGUGCCGGGAGCUUCCUCUGUGUUACUCACCCUCGUCAUCCUCACUCACACAACAGCAUUAACGACCUCAUCAAACAUUAUUAAAUGGCUUCCAGACGUGUGAGUGUGGCAUCAGCAUAAUGAGGCUGAUGAGCAGUAGCUGAACAAACACGACUUUACUUUGAACAAAAUAUCACCGUUAAAACAAAACACAUCACAGAUGAUGAACUAUUUGAGCACAAGUAGUUGACAUAAGCACCGCUUGGUAGAUUAGCAUUAUCCAAAUAAUACUUUUCCAAAUCUAUAAAAGAUGAUUAUGAUGUGUCAUUCACCUUCACUGCCAUGAGAUGGAAUUUCAAAGUUUUUAAACGAGUAAUUUCCAGGUUUGCAUGAGCAGGUUUUAUGCUUUAUGUUAGAGCUGAAAUGAUUAGUCGAUUAAUAGUUUAGUUGAUCACCAGAAAAAAAUUAAUUAUAAUGUAAUUUUUCGAACAAAAAUACCUGGUUCUGGUUUUCUUGGUCUAAAGUGGCAGCAAACUUCUUACUUUUUGAUAGUUGAUUGGACAAAACAAGGAAAUCAUAACCUGCACAUUAUUAAUAUUAUUAUCAUCUUCUAGGAACCAAGCAAAUAAUCAUGAAAGCAAUCAGCAUAUUGAUUGAUAUUGAAAUGAUUUUUGGUUGCAGCCCCACCCUUUUUGUAACCCUUCACUUUUUUUUGUAAAAGGCAAACGUCCCACUUUUUAAUUGCGCUCUACAACGUGACAAAUAUCUCCUACGUUUUUGUUUUACUUGAAGCUGUCGCGUUUUCAGCAAACAAUGUACAAUUUAUGGAAAAAUUAGUCACAUAGCAUAAAACAAGGGUUAGCCCAAACACUCCCCAGAUAUUAUCUUCCAUACAGUAGCAAACAGGAAGGAGAGAUCAGAGAAGUAAAUGCAACAAGGCCUUUCGCAGAUCACUGUCAUUUCCCUCUGCCAAAAGAGGGAGAGACAGAUUUGCAGGGAUUGUGAGGGGAGCCCGGUGGCUAAGUAGGGACAUGUUCCAGUGGCUUUGGGGGUUUUGGUCAGACUGACCUGAACCCAGUGCCCUCUGUGUAAGAACUGAUGGGAUGGCUGCUGAUUAUUCUGUUUCUAAGAAGACAUUUCAGAUUGAUGAGGAUCUCGAACAGGAACCUGGACCUCCACUUUCUAUUGCACAUUGUGAUUGCGCUCGCAUUGAGUGCAAAGUGAUGAUGCUGCCUCACAGCUUCAUUGUGUGGGAGGACUUUUAAUUUCAUUUGGCUGCCUCAGGAAUGUUCAUAGAUUGGUGCGCAGGAGUCUGCAGAUGUCUGAGAUGCCUCCGAUAAAGGACGAAGGCGCUGGAAGGCACUGCUGUAUGUCCGCUGUCUUUGGAAGUCGCCUUGUCUGGAGAACGCGCUGCCUCCGGCAGCCUCCGUUGAGACGGAACAGUCUGCUCACGGCCAUAUUUGCCUUUGGGAGCUGCGGCGGCUUCUCUGGGAGGAACAUCAUAUCUCUGUUCUGCGGCGACGGCGGGAAUGAAACUCUCACCGCCAACUUCCACUACCCAUUUAGGUUGAGCCAAGUCCCGCUCGUCGAGGGGAACACCACUAUUUGUAACCACUCCGUCACGACGACACACAUGGUGGGAGACUCGGCCUCCUCGGCUGAGUUCUUUGUGGGCAUCGCCAUCGUCUGCUUCCUGUACAGCAUGGUGGCCCUGCUGGUUUACUUAGGCUACAUGCACGUCUACAAGGACUCUGACUUUGGGCCCAUCUUUGACUUUGUGAUCACUGCGAUCCUGGUCUUCCUGUGGCUGGUGUGUUCAUCCGCCUGGGCGAAGGGCCUGCAGAAUGUGAAGGGUGCGACGGACACCGAAGGCGUCAGCGCCACGCUGGCACUCUGCAAGGGCGGCAACGUCACCUGUGAGGUCACGGAGUUCGCCAACUUGCGCACCCUCAACAUCUCUGUGGUGUUCGGCUACCUCAACAUGUUUGUGUGGGCGGGAAACGCCUGGUUUGUGUACAAGGAGACUCGUUGGCACUCUCAGAAAUUCUCAUCCCCAUCUGGACAUGGAAGGCAACAGGUCCCUGCACCCAUCUAACAUCCAACAGCAACACACAAAGACACAGUCACAUACAAAAUAAUUGACAUGCACGCACCACCGCCCAGUGCAGAAUCAGUCACACACACACACACACACACACACACACACACACAAACACACACACACUCAAAUAUGCAUGUACAAUACACAAACGGAUAAAUGUGCAUGUAGACGUAAACACACAUGCACAUAGAAAAAACGUUGUGUGAAUGUGAUGAAGACGAGCAAGAUGAAGGAUAACGUAAUAGCCAGCUAGCCCCAGCCCAUCCCGUAAUACCACUCGGUACAUCAGGGAGGCGACAGUGAGUCACUGUAGAGUUUUCCCUUAGUGUAAAAGUAGAGGACGGAGAAGUGUUGUGCCCCGAGAGCAAGAAACAAUUUUCAGCAGCAAAGAAAAAUAAAUGACGAGAGAUUGAAGAGAUAUCGGCGGGUAAAGGGUUGAAGUUCGAUGCUGCACUUGAAACGUUUCCUCUAGACUGAAGAAGCGAAUAGCCAUGCAGCGAUAAAUAAUAGCACCUUGAAUGUCUGCCACGCCUGCCUUUAUUUUUGCCACGUACUAUAGCAACACUAUUGCAAUUGCAGCCUCCACAUGCUUUCGAUUAGAGCGUGCCUUCUUACAACUGCUCAGAGAUGGUUUCUUACGCUUUAGCAAUGCGAAACAUGCACAGACAGCGACCGCAUGUCGUGAGCCUCACGGCCAGCGGCGCGGCCUGUGUUCCUGAAGAGAGGGUUUCUUACGUCUUAGAGAACCAUUCACAUUUGUUUUGAAUUACAUGCUUGAUUAUUAUACGGUACUUUAAACUCACGUCUUCAGUGCGGACAAUGCGAUUGGAGGUUUCCAGGGUCACGCAGAGGUUGAUACCAACAACUAUGAUGUGUCAUAACAUAAUCCUCUGUACCAUUCAACCAUCUCAGAAAUGUUUGCAUUCACUGACUAAUAUUUCAUGAAUUGGAUAUGGGCUGUGAAAUUGAGUCAUACAUUUGGCCUCAGUGUUCGGUCUUAUUGUUUUUUGUUUUUGUUUUUGCACAUGUAUAUUUUUAGAUACAAAGCACUUGUGUAUCCAGAGAAUGACUCACUCAAAUAUUCAUUCAGUCUUUCUUUCUUUCAUUCAUGGGUUCCUUCACUUUGAGUCCUUUUGCCAUAGAAGUGGUUAUCCUGCACGGAAAUGUCCAUACAAGACUAAACCAGGAUUAGCAAUUUACACUAGUGUGGACGUGUCAUUUUUUCCUGAAGUACAUUGAGGAGGUGAAGCCAUGAAAGCUUUAAUCCUCAAGUGCUUUUCCUCAGUAAGGUAAAUCUCUGCUAGCAAGCAGAAGAGUUAAAUAUUCAAGCUUUAAGAUGCCGAGACACACGCGCUAUGUAAAUUGUAAAUCCAUCCCAAAUGUUAUGGAGGUAGUUUGUACGUUCAGUGUGUGAUUUUCUUUUCACAUCAUGCAACAGUGCAACCUUAUGGUGCUUAUUGUGCUUUUGUCAUGUCCUACAAAGCACUGUGAGAGUGUGAAGCCAUGAAGAUUACUUGAUUGACAGUCGGCUACUUGAUUAGUUCACAUGUUGCUGUGUGUGUGUGUGUGUGUGUGUGUGUGUGUGUGUGUGUGUGUGUGUGUGUGUGUGUGUGUGUGUGUGUGUGUGUUUGCAGACAAAGUUUGAAUUUUUUUUUUUCCUCUGAAAAGCUUUGAUAUACCAAAGUACCAGUUAAACGAUAAAUCCUCCCUUCAUUGUAUCCUGUUUAUUUGUUUCACUUUUUCUUUUAUUAUCAUGUUAAAUUUUUGUAGUUACUUCCUCUUAAUUUUUGAUUCUGCUUUUUAUUACUCUUCUUUUUGCCUCACUAUUAUCAGAAACUAUUCUGCCAGCCAGAGCAACAUUUUCCUUUUCCCUGUUUAAGCUUAUUUAAUUUCUUCACGUGAUGUUAAAUCAUGUUGUUGUGCAAACAAACCAGUCGCUCUUGUUUUUAAUUGUCUAGUUGUUGUUUUUUAAUCUUUCCGGAGAUGCCGAACCGUGAGCUAGUGUUCUGUUUGUUUUUUUUACACUGUCAAUUUUUUUGUUUUUAUUUUUCACAUUUAGUGUAUGUGGGAGUCAUUCUUGAUUUUGUCUUAAUUUUUGAUCUAUUGCAUUUAUAUUAAAAGUGUAUGUUGGAUGGUCUUGCUGAAUCAUUUGACUUACACACAUGAAUGAAACAGCAGCCGUGUGUGGUGUACUGGUUAUGCCGCUGCACUCUUGUAAUCAUCCCCCGACACGCUAUAGCUUUCUCAAUGAUUCCUAUGCACUUAGCCUGCCAAACUGUCUUAUUCCAGAGAGACAUAAACUCUGUGACAUGACAAAUUUCAUGGUACAUUUGUGUUUUCAAUAAAGAAAUGAUUUUUUUCUUUCUUUAA